AUGCGAUUGACCGUCGAGCUCAUUCAAAAUUCUCUUUCGUACAUUAACCCGCUCAAGGACCGCGAGCUGGAUCUUCGAGGGCACAAGAUCCCCGCGAUUGAGAAUUUGGGUAUUGCCAAGGAUCAAGAUGCAAUUGAUUUCACGGACAACGACCUUUCUUCCCUCGGGAACUUCCCGUUCUUCCCUCGACUUCACACCCUCCUCCUCGCGCGAAAUCGAAUCAAUCACAUCCAGCCCUCACUAGCAACCUCCGUGCCUAAUCUGUCGACCCUCGUCUUGACCUCGAAUAAUGUGUCCGAGCUGGCGGACCUAGACCCGCUCCGCAACUUGGCACGACUGACACAUGUGGUCCUGUUGGGAAACCCUGUCGCGCGGAAAGAGAACUAUCGCUACUGGGUAAUUUGGCGGCUACCUACAGUGCGCUUCCUCGACUACCAAAAAGUAAAAGACGCCGAGCGCGCCAAGGCCAAGGAGCUGUUCGGCACCGCCGAGGAGCCGUCGGCCCUCGCAUCCAAGAUCAUGGGCGUCAAGUCGCGCACCUUUGACGUUCCCAGUGCCGUGUCCGCCGACCGCGCUCCAGCCGACAGGGCCAUCCGCGUGAAAUUGACCAACCAGGAGCGCAAGCGCGUGGAGAAGAUGAUUCGCGAGGCUAAAAGUCUGCAGGAAAUUACGCGUCUAGAGAAGGAGCUGAACGAGGGGCGGAUACCUGGAGGUGCACUUGGCGGAGCGGGCGAGGAUGUGGAUGGCGACGAGCAGAUGCAGAUGUGA